CCCGUUCGAACUGAAAAUGAAUUGUGGUGUGUCUGGUCGGAGUUCUCCUCCAAGCACAGCACUAGUCGCUGUCUGAACGUACAUGAGAACGGACGCGAGGAGUUCCUCGACUCUCACACGCGCGAUUAUCACACCGUCGCCCGGGCGAUUGUACGUGAAUUGUGAUGUGUUGUGAAUUGUACCAUUGAUUUUCCUAAUAUUUUGCCACACUAUAGCAUUAUAAAACGAAACACACUCGACAGUCUCCAGUGAGUGAAAGAAGCAAAGAAAAAAUAGGGCGGCAAUCCCUAUUCGCAUAAAUUUCAGGGAAAGCACGCUCUCCUUCCACUCCACGGCCAGGAGCAAUGGAGGCGAAGUAGACGGCAUCAAAACAUCGGCUAUCCCGAGGAAGGAACAAAAAAAUAAAAAUACACCCAUAAAAAGUUCAUUCACAGAAGAGUGGCCAAAAAAAAACACAAGCGAAAAGAGAGCUUCUGUUGUGCCCAAGACGUUCGCACACAGUGUGACUUAAUUACUUGCCACCAGACAAGAAUUAUCAACUGAAUUCGAGAGCACUGAUAGCAGAGAAAUUGGUGCGAUGGAAAUUAACAGUGUGCGAUAGUUUAAUUGAUAAGUCCGGUGGGUGAAGUGCUGUGGGGAGGAAAAGUUACGUGAUCUCGGGCAAUUUAACCACCACAGAGAGAUUUGUGCCACACUUUCCAUUUUGAGGCAUCCCGCGUGUCUCUUCGUGGAAAAAAAAAUCCCCCUUCCGCGCUCAAGAAGAAGAAGAGGCAAUAAAUUUUCGCCAAAGUGGCUUAGAAGUACAACAAGAGUGAGAAAGUGAUUUGUAAAUUGAUUUUUUUCUCUGGCGAUUCACGCGAAAAAAUAUUCACACGGUGUAUUUUGUGAAGUGUUUGGCUGAGGAGUGAGAACAUCCAAUUUAAAUAAAAAAAAAAUACUUUUACACAUAGUUCCGGAACACGACAUCGUGCAGAGGAAUACAAGACGGGAGGAGAUUUACCUGAGAGGGAAUUUCUCCCUAAUUAUCCAUCAACAUUCCAGAUUGUCUCUGGAACAAGGAUUACUUUUGCUGAAGAAUCACACACAUUGAGUCCACAAUGAAGCAAGUGAUUGUGAUGGUUUUAGUGUUCACCGCUUACUCACUGGCAUCGGCAAGAAGAUGCUACAUCUGUGGAAAUGGCUCGGAAGAACCAUUCCGCACUGGACGUGGCCGAGAAGUACGCGAGGCACGCAUCAAAUCGUCAGUUUCAUGCACCGAAUUCGAGAGGAGUUCAUCCAUGGAUCAAUUCAUAAUGGAAUGUCCGGAUGAUUUUGUCGGGUGCAUCACACAAAUCGAUGGUAACGAAAUAGUGCGCACUUGCGACAGCCUCCCUCUGAAUGAUUGUCAGACGGCAAAUGGGGUGAAGUAUUGCUAUUGUAACACGGACUUGUGCAAUGGGAAAUUGGUGACACCACCCACACGGAAUGUAAAUGAGAAUCAUCGCAAGAAUCAUCGCUCUCACGAUGAAGACGAAGACAUCACGGAUGAUGAGGACUUCAUGGAGGCGUCAGGACUGGGAAGUGACCCGUCAUCGAGUGAGGGCGGCGACAGAAAUACCCUUGACAGGAGCAACUAUGACGAUUCGCCGUGGUCCACGCCAAACAUCCCACUCACAACGCGCCACCCGAGCCCAAAAGCGUCAAAAACCACACAAAUUCUCGUCAAUCUACCAAUAUUGACUCUCACUCUGCUGCUGCUCUUGAUGGCGCAAUGAAGAGGAAAUUCACUUUUCUCACCACUCACAAAUAGCGUUUCCUGUGCAGAAUGUGAGGCUCGAUUGUAGUGGAAUUAUUUUGCAUUUUUUCGCUUUCCUCGCGACGCUAUUUGUGACAAAGAUUUGGCCAAUAUUGUUGGAAUAUGAAUUUGUUCGCGCUGUUGGAGCAGCGCGAAACUUUUGAGGAUUGCCAAGAAAAGGCUUCUGAAUACAUUUUUGUGAUAGUACAAUUAGGAAUUUAUCAAUUUGAGUUUUAUUCAUAUUUUGUUGAAAUUAUAAAUUUCAUCAGUAAUAUUAUAUAAUUUAUAGACAACUCUCUAGGCGAACCAAAACCCGAUAAUAAUAAUUGUAAACUAUAUAAUAAUAUAUUGUUUAGGAAUCCUCUCCGAAAUUCUGACUGUGGAUAGAAUUUCAAGUGAACAUUGAGAUGAUUGUAAUAACCUUUUGAAGAGCUCAAUUUUAUUAGUCAAUGUCAAAAUUCCUGACAACUUAAUGAGGAGAUGUUGAAUAAAUGUUGAGGUUCACAGCGAGAACAAAAACAAUACCACACCACGUUGACGACAAGUUGAAGCUGAUAAAUUUAAAACUACUCGCCGUGAAUAAUCAUUUCCUACCCGCCAUCCUUGAUUCUGAGUUGAUCCAUCGAACGCUUCAACAGUGGCCACUCUUCAAAUUUGCAUUCGGCCAAAAAAGUGGAGCUAAAACAUCACCGACUCUCAUUUAAGUUUUGCCUAAUAUGAUGAAGAAGAAAAAAAACACUCUUCAUUGUAAUGCUAAUUAUGUGUUUGCUAAUUACCACUCUUUCAUCUUCUGUUGGCCAUAAUAGAGUUUUUCGAAUGCUUCCAGGCAAAGCUCGCUGAAACAGCGGGAAAUAUUGAAAACAUUCGCCUCAUUUUUGCCUGUGUGUAUAUUUUAGUCAAAAUAUUUAAUUAUAAAUUCUAUUUAUUUUCGCGCCUUUCUGCAUAUUCUGUAUAUAUUUAAUGAGAUUCUGCAAUUUUUCAUGUGUGUAUAUAUUGGUUGAAAAUCAGUGUCUAUAUAAGGAUUUAUUAAUGUGUAUAAACUUGAAUUAUAUUCAAUUGCAGUAGGGAUUAAGCGUUUAAAUUGGUUUAUAUUUAAUUCUAUAUGCAAUUUGCAAAAUGCUCUUCUCUGUGUUUUUGCCCAAUGAAGAGAUUUUUUUCACUGAAUAUUGCAACGAAUUUCAAUUCCAUACAUUUUUAAGUUUGUAUUCUCAUGUUUGAGAAAGGAAUAUUUUUUCUGACUCUAAGAAGAAUUAAGAUUAGCGAAUAUGUAUUACAAUAUAUCACUAUAACUAGAGAUUAUUUAAUAUAACGAGAAAAGAGAGUGUUUUGAAGGACAUAUUUGAAGAAGUUUAUUGAGCGACGUAGUGGCGUAAUGAGUAAAAUAUUAGUCACCACAAGACAUAUUUAGGAGGUAUAAAAAUUCGCACAUUUAUGACUGAUCCCAUUUCCUCAUGUUCAAGAGAAUUUCUUGGGUAAAUAACCAUCUCCAAAUAUGUUGACAAUUUACAAGGUAGGAUUUUCAAAGUCAAACUAUAUCGUCUUAAUGAUCCCACAAUGUGCAACACAUUUCAAUGGAAAGCAGGUAGUAAUUAAAGACGAGUGAACAUUUGUUCUUAUAACACAUCAAUUUGCCAAGAAAAAUUGUUCUUAAAUACCACAAGUAAAUUAACGUAAAGAAAACAUGCAUUUUACAGCAAAAAGAGAGAUGCAAUGAAGUCAGAGAAGCAUGUGUAAUCAUUAUAAUAAAGACUAUGGAAGAUAAUUGUAUCCCAUUCUUAUAUUAGAUAAGAUUAAUGAGCCAAUCAAUAAA